UUGAAGCUGAUAAGAGAUCCGAACUAUUAUAUGAAUUUGGUGGAAAGUCUUUUAAACUAGGUGGUUCAGUAUUCAGUUUUAAUGAGAUUUCUGAACGUUUGAAAGAAUUUAAACAAAACCUUACUAAAAUAAACAUGCACA